UUAUGGUUGAUGUAUUUGUCGGCAAUAGACUUAUCAUAUCCACUUAACUAUUUUUUUUAAUUUAUUCAAUUCAAUUCAACCAAUCAACCCCCUAUUACUCCAUCACUCAUUUCAGAUUCAGACUCACAGUAAUACUCACACACAACACACUCUCUUUAACAUGGACGGUCUCAUCAAGGGCUUGAUCGACGUAACUCUCGGCGGCAACAACAACGAUCGCGAUCAAGAUAACAACGACGAUGAUCGUCAAUCACGAGACGAACGAUCCAGAUCCUCUUGGGCGGAGGUCGUUUCCGGAGAUCAGGAUUCCGAUCACCGUCCUCAGCCUCAGGAGGAGUGGCAAUCCGAAGAUUCUAGAAUAUCCGGUAGACCUCACCACUACAAGAAGGAUGAAGUAGAACCAUGGCAAAACGAUAGUAACCGUCAAAGGCCAAAUAAGGAGCAGGAGUGGGAAUCUGAAAGGUUCAAUUCUUCCAAUAGACUGAACAAGUCAGAUGAAGAUAAUAACGAUGGAUGGCAGACUGUUGGCAAACCUUCAAGACAGACACACAAGGUUCCAAAGGAUAACUGGAACAGCUAUAAACUUCCUUCUGAUGAGCAACAAUACUCCAAUGAAGUUGAGGUUGGUGCUAGAGUAGAGCCCUCAGAAGAUGAACUCGCUGAUCUAUCAAGAGCUUGUGAAAAACUCUGGGAACUGGAUUUAAAUCGUUUGGUACCUGGCAAAGACUAUGAAAUCGACUGUGGUGAAGGGAAAAAAGUUUACCAAAAGGAUGAUAUGGCGCAGGGGAGCUUGUUUACAUGGGUUAGUGAUGAUGUAUUCCGAAAGCCUACUUAUGCUCGAUUUCUUUCACUCUUAGAUAAUUACAAUCCACAUCAAGGAUCUAAGGAGGUUGUCACAUCUGAAGAGAAACAAGAGCAAGCUUCUUUCAUAGAGGAAAUUAGUAGAACAGCACCGAUUAAGUAUCUUCACAAGUUUCUUGCAUCCAAAGGAAUCACAUCAGGGAGUUCCCAAGAUUUCAAAAGAUUGUUGACCAGUUUGUGGUUUGAUCUUUAUAGCCGAUGUGGAACUUCUGGUUCCUCUUCUGCUUUUGAACAUGUUUUUGUUGGAGAAAUCAAACAAAGCAGUGAAGUUUCUGGAUUUCAUAACUGGCUGCAGUUUUACCAUGAAGAAGCAAAGGGAACAGUUGAUUAUCAAGGCUAUAUUUUUCCCCGUCGACGUGGUGAAACUCCUGACUCUGAAACCCAGCUUCUGACACUUCAAUUUGAAUGGAAUGGUGUUCUGAAAUCUGUAUCAAGCACUUUGGUUGGAGUGAGCCCUGAAUUUGAAAUUGCUUUGUAUACCCUGUGUUUCUUCGCUGGUCAAGAAAAUAACCACAUUCAGCUUGGUCCAUAUGCAGUCAACAUCAAGUGCUAUCAUUUAGGCAAUCAAAUUGGAUCUGUUUUCCCCAUUGCAGAUUCAUGAAUGUUCAAUUGCAAGCAAUGAUGGUAGUGUUUUCCCCCCUUUGAAAUCAUGUCUUAUUCAUAUUUGGUGUACCUUGUAGCUCAUAGCUGUAAAAGCAACAAUACCAGAUAGAUCUACUAGUACAUGGUAAAACAGUACUGAGGGGAGUAUACAUGGUAAAACAGUAUUGAGGGGAGUAUACAUUUGAUACGUUUUUAUUUUUAUCUUUGAUGGUUUGCGAUUUUUUGGUAAUUCAGAACCACAAUCCAUAUAUGUUAUUGUGUAUUAUUGUUAAAAA